AUGGCGAUAUGCAUCUACGAGCACGAUGCAGCCACAAUAAUACCGGCAUUGGUAUCUGAACUGCCGUAUUCCACUACUUUGCUUCGGCGAAUCCAACACGGAAUCGCGUAUCCGUAUGAAACCGCCCACAUACUGGCAACUUUUCCGCCCAAUUUAACCCCUGAGGCUGGACAGCCAUGGCUGGCUGCGCGAGUGGAUCUUUUUGCCGGGCGCACAACACAAGUCCUCAUCUACUCCAGCCUUGAAGCGGAGCACACGUCAAUUGCGCCGAUCCUCACUCCGCCGGAGAUAUUAAAUGUGGACUCGGCAGAGUCCAAUAAUAAUGAUGUCAACACCAUCACCAAGUCCAUUGUUUCCACCUUUUCCGCCAACCCACCCGUCCUAGCCCUGGCCCGCGCGCAGCUAUUGGCUUUGCUAUCAUAUGUCAAGACCAACCUGCUGCCAUCCUACCUGUCAUAUUUGGCGAAGUCAGCCCAAGCCACGUCUGUGGAAGCUGAGAAUCCUCCCGUGUCAUUGUCCUCGGUGACCCCAAACAACACCAAUCCCACUACCAAUAAUAGUAGUGUUCCCCUGAUCCCCGCGCCAGACCCACAUGCCUUCCUCAUUGGAAGCCUUCAUACAGGUCUAUUCUCCCUCCUACAGCGAUCAGGAUCUUACACUCAAUCUGACCCGAUACCCAAUAUUCGGGUCCAUCGCUUUGAUGAUCCACCCUAUUACAAGUACUUCUUCCGGAGAUCUGAGUUCAGCCCCGAGGCAGAGUCUGGAAGAUCUGCUGAUCUGCCGUCCGCUGAUCUUUCCCUCCCAUCCGGAUAUAGGUUCCAUGACCGGGAGGGGAGGGAGGGUGUUCUGAGUAAGCAUCUUGAUCUUGUGCAGAAUCGGACAAGUAUUCCCAGGCCAAGGGCACAGCUAUCUAAAAUGCCCGGUAUGGCAAUUUAUUUUGAUUCUGGGUCUAGCGAUGCUGAUGAAAUGCCCAUUGCGUGGGGAUUCUUGGGUGUGGAUGGAGCACUGGCGACGUUGCACGUUGAGCCGGAGCAUCGGGGUCGCGGGCUUGCGGUUCCAUUGUCUAAGGCUAUCAUGCGUCGUGGGAUGUCAGUAGAUGGCGUUUUUGGAGCUGGAAGUGUCAACUCUGAGGAUAGUCAGACUCUAGAGCGUGUUGGCGAGUGGGCGCAUACUGAGGUGGCUGGGUAUAAUAAGGCCAGUCGGAGGGUCAUGGAAAAGAUUGGGGGUCAGAUUUUGACAACCGUCACCUGGACUGUUAUUGAGUUGCUUGAUUAA